GAUGACUGUCACAGGGAAAGGGGAGGAAGAAGCUGUGUUGGUGAAGGAGGAGGGGGAGAUGACUGUCACAGUGAAAGGGGAGGAAGAAGCUGUGUCAGUGGGGGAGGGAGAAGCUGUGUUAGUGAAGGGGGAGGGGGAGAUGACUGUCACAGUGAAAGGGGAGGAAGAAGCUGUGUUAGUGAAGGGGGAGGGGGAGAUGACUGUCACAGUGAAAGGGGAGGAAGAAGCUGUGUUGGUGAAGGAGGAAGAAGACGUUUUUAGAGUGAAAGAGGAGGAAGAAAAGGAAGAUAUGACUGUCAUGGUGAAAGAGGGGGAGGAGGGUGAAGAGGAGGAGAAGAAGGGUGAAGAAGAGGACACUGGAGAUCUGAUUAACACCAGACAGAGACAUGACUAUCCUGGAUCCUCUGGGGAGCCUCAACAACAUCCUGAUGCCGACGAGGAAGAGAAGAGUCUCUCCAGAUCAGAACACCAGAUGGACAACGCGAGCCCUUCCUCCUCCGUCCCGGAGUCCCCAUGUCGUGCCUCUCCCAGUAGCACCUUACUGCUGGGUAUGAAGAGGUUGUCUGUGCUGCUGGUGGACUGCAGGAAAACAACGGGGCUGAGUGGAACUGUGAGAGGAGGAGAAGAGAAGAAAGGAUCAGAUUUGACUCAAAGAGAGAGGCCAGACUCUCGCUCUGACACUAGGAAGAGUCCUACAGGGGAAUCGGCCCCAGUGACAUCCAAACCAGCAAGACCCCACCACUGUUCCCAGUGUGGAAAGAGAUUUAUCCGGUUAGGGCACCUGAAACAACAUAAGAGAACACAUACAGGGGAGAAGCCUUAUCACUGCUCCCAGUGUGGAAAGGGUUUUGGACAGUCAGGGCAUCUAAAGGUGCAUGAAAGAACACAUACUGGAGAGAAGCCAUAUCAAUGCUCGCAGUGUGAAAAUACAUUUUUCUCAUCAGGGGACCUGAAAUCACAUGAGAUAACACACUUAGUAGAGAGGCCUUUCCAAUGCUCUCAGUGUGGAAAGGGAUUUAUCCAGUCAUCGCAUCUGAAAGAGCAUGAAAGAAUACACACAGGAGAGAAGCCAUUCCAAUGCUCCCAGUGUGGAAAGAGUUUUACCCAGAGAGGGAAGCUGACAAAUCAUGAAAGAAGACAUACAGGUGAGAAGCCUCAUCACUGCUCUCAGUGUGGAAAGGGUUUUGGACAGUCAGGGCAUUUAAAGGUGCAUGAAAGAACACACACUGGAGAGAAGCCAUAUCAGUGCUCCCAGUGUGAAAAGACAUUUUUGUCAUCAGGGUACUUGAAAUCACAUGAGAAAACACACUUAGUAGAGAGGCCUUUCCAAUGCUCUCAGUGUGGAAAGGGAUUUAUCCAGUCAUCGCAUCUGAAAGACCAUGAAAGAAUACACACAGGAGAGAAGCCCUUCCAAUGCUCCCAGUGUGGAAAGAGUUUUACCCAGAGAGGGAAGCUGAAAGAUCAUGAAAGAACACAUACAGGGGAGAAGCCUCAUCACUGCUCUCAGUGUGGAAAGAGUUUUGGACAGUCAGGGCAUUUAAAAGUGCAUGAAAGAACACACACUGGAGAGAAGCCGUAUCAAUGCUCCCAGUGUGAAAAUACAUUUUUCUCAUCAGGGGACCUGAAAUCACAUGAGAGAACACACUUAGUAGAGAGGCCUUUCCAAUGUUCUCAGUGUGGAAAGGGAUAUAUUCACUCAUGGCAUCUGAAAGAGCAUAUGAGAAUACACACGAGAACAACCAUUCCAGUGCUCUCAGUGUGGAAAGGGGUUUAACUGGGUAGUGAGCCUGAAAACGCAUAAAAUGACACACUCAGGAGAGAAGCCUCACCUCUGUUCCCAGUGUGGAAAGGGUUUUGUUCAGUUAGUGCACCUAAAAACACACGAGAGGACACACACAUGAGUGUAGCCUCACCUUUGCUCCCAGUGAAGAAAGGGUUUUCUUCAGUUAAGGGGCCCAAAAGAAAAUGAGACACACGGGUAGAAGACGCCAUUGGAGCAGGUCUUCAUUCAUUUCAAAACCAGUGUUUACAUUACCUAGAUAUGAAAAAAUAACCAGUUGAAUAAUGGAAUGUAUUUACAAAUUCUUCAACUACAUAUCAGAUUAAGAAUUUGAAAGAUAUUAUAUUAUAAUUAUUUGGAUGUAUUUAAAAUAGUUGCGAAUGUACUUAGUAGUUAAAGAAAUAAUAAUAAUUACUUCAUGUACAGGUCUUAUUUCACUGUUUAAUCACAAUAUACAGCCCAACUCUACAUUGGUGUCCCAUCUGGUGUGGCUUCUUCUGCUUCUUUUUGACAAGCUUUGUACCUGGUAGAGCAAUUGGUGAGAUGUUUAGUCAGUUCUCUUAUUUUUUUAUUUUACCUUCAUUUAACUAGGCAAGUCAGUUAAAGAACAAAUUCACUGUACCUGAUUUGUACCUUGUCAGCUCAGGGGUUUGAACUUGCAACCUUCCGGUUACUAGUCCAACGCUCUAACCACUAGGCUACCCUGCCGCACCACCCUUGUGAUGUAUGGAAUGAUGUAGCUGUGCUGUGAUGAUUUUGAAUCCUUGCACGCAAUCUGUGGCAAGCAUGUAGGAGCAGUAUAGACCUUGUCUGUUCAUUAUAUACAUCUACAUGAUGUAUUGUUACACCAUGUAGGAGCAGUAUAGACCUAGUCUAUUCAUUAUAUACAUCUACAUGAUGUAUUGUUACACCAUGUAGGAGCAGUAUAGACCUCGUCUGUUCAUUAUAUACAUCUACAUGAUGUAUUGU